AUGGCGGACGAAGACGUAGAAAUGGAGAACUUUUCCGAAGAACGAGCCGAAUCGGCGAGUGAUUUCGCAGCAGACGAUGAAAAUGAAAAGGUAAACGUCUUUAAAGCGGUUCUACUUAAAAAGGAUUUUUGAAGAGUAGGGUAUUCUAAAGUUUCUAAUUCGUUUCUUUCUGUAUGGUCCGACGGUGAUCGUCCGUCGGUGAUCUCGCCAACGAGUUGAAGUGUUAACUUAGUUUACUACCGUUAUAUAAGACGUCUUGCUUACAUCUCCUCUUUGCUAACGUUAAAAUGAUCGUUUCGCUAUAAACGCCCAUCUCGUAAGUUAGUUAAGAUGAACAAAAUUUCCUCUGUGGAGUAAGAUUUUUACUCGAUAUGCACGAUGUUUUUUUCACGCCGUCGUCGUUGAGAAUAAACAAUGAAAUUUCGCUUCUGUUUUAUCUGUGGAAGUCAUCGCAUUUAAUAACAUGAAAUUCAUUCACUUACUGAAAAUACUAUUGCAAGUACAAUCAGACCCCGCUUUACCCGCGUGAUAAGGACACCUCAUCGUAUUAACAGGGUUUGACUGUUUCGCAAGUAAACACAAGAGAUUGACUGCAGACUUUUGUGUGUUGUUUAUUGGGAUGCUUAGAGAAAAGUGCUGUACUAUAAUUUUUGAUCAGGUACCAAGCAAAAAGUUUUCUUUUGGUUUGUCAAAAAGCUUAACUGUUCAAUUUGUUGUCAAGUAACUUUUAUAUAAACUGAGUAUGUAACAAAUUUUAUAACACAUGUUGAUCAUACUUGUUGGUCGUAAACCAUGAGUGAAACUUGUCUGAAAAAUGGCUAAUUAGAUAGUUUUAGGGAACUAAUCUAACACAUUAUUGAAACGACUGAAGACAUUGUGUGAUUCCACAAAAUACUCAUACCCCCCAAGAAUGGUCUUUCAGAUUAGAACCCCCCCCCUACCUUCCACCUCGGAGUUUCCGUUCCAGAGGGGUCUUAUAUAACACCCCCACCCCCCCUGGAAUUUCCUAUUUUUCUUUUAGUGGACUAAAUUUGUAGCAUUUAGAAAUUACUGACUGUUUAUAAUUGCCUAAAAAUCACUGUCCACAUCUGCAGACACACCUUUUAUUAUCCCUGAUACGUUUUCUUUGUUUUAAAAGACAAUAUUUCUAAUGUUCACAUAAAAGUAGCACGCUUGAUCUAAUGUCAUUUCAACUAAAACAUUUACAUAAUACAACAACUUGCAAACCAACUAUGAUUUCUGCAACACCAAAAAACACCAACAACUUGCAAAUUGAAAGAGGAUGCUAGGAUUAGAACCUAGGGGUGAGGCAUCGGUUGCUGGUCUGCAGAACUAAGAAAAGUUAUGAAAUGUGAAAACUACAGUGCUGCCAACUCUCCUGGAUAAUCCGGGAGACUCCAGAUUUUAAACCGUAUCUUCCUGUUUCUAGAUCAGAGUCUGAAAUCUCCCUGAUAAUCACCAAAGUUUGCUAAUUCUUGUGCACUGAAAUUUCUGACUGUAAAUUUGAAAUAUUUUGCAUGCAUUGUUUGAGCUAUUUUACUGUUAACAUGGAGCUUUUCCUCAUAAACUUCAGUAUGCCAUUGUAAUUUAGGCAAUAAUGUGGCUAAAUAUGAUCUGUUUAUAUUGUAUAUAUGUCGAUGGAGGUCAAUGUCUGAGUAUUUUUUGCACAAAUAUGCCGUGCAAUACCAGGUCAUUUAUCAUUCCGUCCCUGUAAAUUCUCAAUAAAGACAUUGGGGGUUGACAGCCCUGAAAGUCCUUUAUAACUUGAUGUUGAGUUUUUGAUAAUUAAAAGUUAAUGUAAAAUUAUAUUAUUAUUAUUUUUAUUGUUAUUAUUAUUGAUAAUAUUUACUUAUUCUUAUUUGAAAUUUACUUUUAGUGUAAGUAAUAAAACAUUACAUGUUAAUUAACCCUCUAGAAUGAAUGUACAAUGUAUAGCAUUUCUGAAACAAGUUUUAAGAACAUUUAAGAUCAUUUUCAUGCUCAUGAUUUCUCACUAAGCACGCGGUAAGUAAGAACUUGAUCAGCCUGAACCCCAGUCUCGUAUUUUCGUAUAUGUGGGCGUGUAAACAACAAUAACAACAACAACAAGUUUAUUGCACAUCAAACAGAUUACAAGGAUUAAAUAAAAGAAUGAACCGGUAAAGGGAAAUAUUUCAGGCAACCCACUGUUAGCUACGUGUAAUCGAAGUAGGGCAUGAAGUUCAGAAGAAAGAAAAAUAAAAACUCAACAAAAUUUAUAAUUUUUGUACUACAUGCUCAUCCCAUCUCUUUUGUUUACGAUAAAAGUAGAGUGCAGUAUUAAAACAGUUUGAAGGUAGGUGCAUUCAUUUGGGACUUAUCUUAGUUUGUGUAUAUUAUCUGCAGAUGGAUGGGUAUGAUGCCUUGGAGAGUGAGCCAGAGAUGAGAGUCGAUAGAAGUCUGACAGACAAUGAUCUGUUGAUUGCCUUAGCUCAGGUGUCUGAGAACAAAGACAUGUUACCUGGUAACGGACACAUAGGUAAACAUGAUCUGACCUCCAGUUUGAGUAGCAGCUUAAGCAGUUUGAAUAGCAGUCUGAAUACCAGUGGUUUACUUGGUAAAGGAAAGGAAUCUUCAGGCACAGUGCCGAGAAAAUCUGCCCGAGGAAAACGGAAACUGGACAGCAGUCAACAGUUGUCGUCAUCUAAGAAAUCAAAGGGGUGAGUUAUCGUUCUCUUCACCGAUAAAAGAAUCACUUAGUACAAUGUUGGCUGUGAUGAUUAGGCUUACAUUUGCAUGCUAUACAGUACCAGCAGGUCUUGAGAUUUACUUUUUAAAUUUACUAGCACAGUGAGUGGAAACAAGUGUAAUAUUACUUGCCAAAAACAAGUGGAAAGAGGAUGAGUUUGAGGUUGAAAUAUAAAUCUUGUAAUCAUAGAAGCAUUAAGACAAAUAGUGAUCAGUAUUAAUUUUAUCUUAACGCAUUCACUCCUGGCAAUUUUGCGGGAAAAUGCCUUUUGAAGCUAGUCAAGCCAUUCUCAUUUGUCUAGAGAGGUUACUAACUCUGGACUGCAUUACUGAAAAAUGUGGCUACAUGUAUGUUGUGGUUCAGUUUAUCCUUUAGUUUAAAUUUUAUAAAAAUUCUCAUCUUCUUUCCUAUAUUCUUGAAGAAAAAAGGAAUUUAUAUUAGUUUCUGCUUACUGCAAUGCAUAGAAAGCCCCAACCAAAUAUUUAUUAAACUCAUUGCCAAUAGAUGAACUUGGGAACUGGUGCCUUAGAGGUUGGACAGGAGCCUGAACACCUCGGGCAUAGCAAGGAGUUAUCCACGGCAACCCUGCGAGCGGGAACCACCCCUGCAUACAUCCGUCAACUGGCACCGUCACACUGAAAGAGUUCAGUGGAAAAUACUCACCUGACCCCCAUACUUACCAAGGCACAGAAGGGGAGGGAUGGGCUGGGAGCCAGAAUUCGCAAAGAUUUGCUUAAGCAACAGGUCCGCAAAGAUCAGCUCAAAAAUGCCAGCAUGAGAUGCAACGUAAGACACAAGAUAAGCAAAAGGCUUCUGCGGUCACUCUACAGAUCACCUAUGCCUGAGGAGGAGCCUGCUGACUGCAUUGGCGUGCAAUUUAACUUUGCCUAAAUUACACUUUACCAAAUGUAUGGCAGGGUAUUAUUUUGAAUCACCAUCAAAGUUUUUCUAUGUUUUCAUUGUGGUAUUAUUGCACUCCAAUUUCCAGUCAUGUCAUGCUUCAUACAAGUUUAUUUGUAGCUUUUAUUGCUAGUAACACCUUCCAGUUUCAAUGCUAGCAGCAGCUAAGAUAAAUAGCACAGUUGGUUAGUGCGGGGCUGUCUGUGUGGCAGGUCCCAAGUUCAAUUCCCAGGUGUGACCACAAAUCCUUCUUUUGACUUCCUUCCUUUCCAUGUAGCUUUACGUAACUUAAAAUACCCAUAAAAUGGAGCCUGAUGGAGUGAGGCAGGGCAAGGGGGGAGGGGGGGAGGGGGGUUGGUAAAAUGAGUGUACCGUCUGACACAGGUUUGUUAGUCAGAUGACUAUUUUGAGCUACUGACAUAAAAUAAGGACUCUUAACCUUCUUUUUCCCUUUAACUCACAUUCACAUCACAAUUCCUAGUUUGAAUGACUAUAACAUUGAUAUUAGAUGCUAUAAAAUUUUUUCUUCUUCACUAGUGAUCUACCGCCAUCUCAGAAGCUUCCUCCACAUGGUUACCCCCUAGAACAUCCUUUUAACAAGGUCAGUCCAUACCUUUGUUAAUGAUUUUAAAGCCAUACUAUGGUAUGAAAAUUACCAUGCCCCAAAUCGUGACUGGCACUAACUGGUUGGUAGAUUUUAUGUCAUAGCCUUGUUGCUCGUGUUGUUCAACCGUUUUCAUUGUGUUUUGGUGUUCUUGGAGCCUCCUACUCAGGUGUUCUGAGGGUCAGACCAUCUUUUUGAGUCUUUGAUCUUUAGACAUUUUAUUAUUAUUAUUAUUAUUUAUUAUUAUUAUUAUUAUUGGGGGCGACAAGAGGAGCCCGCAAUCCUAAUCUCCAGGUUGUUAUUACGCAUGCGUCGCAUGUACAGUGUACUGUAUGUAGCCAGCAUUCGUUUGGACUUACACGCAAUUUGAUCACGCGCGUUUUGACCUUUUAUCACGCGUUAUUUGAUCACGCGUGUUUUGACUCUCACGUGAAACUUAUGCAAAGCACAGCAAUGGAUCAAAAGCGUUUUUACCUUCGAUCGUUGUCGCCCGCACUCCUUAACCUUUGGUUGUUACUAGUUGUUAAUUUAAUUACCUUCCAAACGAAAUUUUCUAAACGAGUAAAACUUCCGUUUGGAAAGCAAAUUGUAAAAUAGUUGUCACGUUUCAGUGAAUUUAAAAGGAUUUGAAAGGAUUUGAAAAUACUUUUGUUCUAUUUUUAAGUGAGGUAAAGAAAUUUAGAAAUUUCAUUGAAGCGGGAAAACUUCCUGUCCUGGAGAUGUUAUUAUCAUUAAAAUGGCUUCAUUUAACGAAGCAAUCAUUUUUUUUUACCCCCUUGUGUAGUCUGAAUCAUGAAGGUUUGCCUAUUUUGACUCUCUUCUAUCAAAGCAACCAGAUAAUUUCUGCGGUCCUUGUCUCGCCAGAUCGCGUUAUUUUUUUCUGUGUUCAUUGUUCAUGAGACUGUGACGACGAACUGGAAUAAUUACCUCGUUAUCUGUACAUUCGGUGUAGCUAGAAAAAUUCAAGGCUAUUUGGGCUUCUUACUUCGCCUGAGCACAGCUUAUAAAGCUACAGCAAAAACCAAUUUGUGUGACGAGUUUACUGACUUCUAAGGUGAUGGCAGGACGUACUGUUAUGCUGAUAAUGACCACUUUGCUUUGCUUUACGACGUUGUUUUCUUGCGUCAACGGAACGAAUCUUUGUCGGAUAGAAAAAGAAGCACCCAGUUUCGAGACUAGAGAAGGAACUAACACAAAGGAUUUUGUGGUAACUUGUAAACUAAACAGCCAAGUUCGUGGAAUCAGGUAUCGUUUUGACAUCAGCUGGGUUUUAAAUACCUUCAUAGAUGCUGAGAGCAAGACUAUAAUUAACACUUCAGUCUGGUUCAGCUGCUUGUCUCCAAUGGAACUUGAAUUUUUUAAUCCGCUGUCUCAGAGCAUUGUUAAAAAGAAUAUUAUACUAAGUCUGUCAUUCAAGGGCGAGUGCAAAGUGUUAAUGGAAAAUCUUGUUGUGUGGGCCAAGUUUACCGAUUUACGUGUAUUAGGUUUUCAAGGGAAGAAAUUAAGCGUCACUCGCUCAACCAAUUUAACUGUUGCAAAAUACUUUAAAGAAAUUUCUGCUAUCACUGUUGACAACCAUGUUGAAAAUUUACCAGGCAUGUUUACGGAUACAAGGAAUAUCUUUCCUGAGAUGCAACGAAUUGCGUUAUACCAUAUGUCAAUUUCCAGGGUUCCGGAACAAUGGAAGUCUACCAUGCCUCGGUUGCAAUACCUCUACCUGAAAAAUAACAACUUGACUCAGCCACCGCAGUUCCCUUGGAAUAACUCCACUCUUGAAAUCUUUCGUGCGUUAAGAAAAACGGAAUAUUCCAUUGAACAAGACGUCCAUGUUGCAAAAAACAUAUAUGUCCGUGGCUUAGACUUGAGUUACAAUAAAAUCGAAGAUCUAUCCUCUCAUGAGUUUCGCGGGUUCCUGCAUAUAAUACGUGUUGAAGGAAAUGGCUUAAAAAGCGUUGGACCAACGUGUUUUUCUAAUUUGAGAGGAAUCCAAACGAUUGAUCUGGGCAGAAACAAAUUAACUUCCCUGCCUAAAAAUCUAUUUCAGGGAUUAAGUUCCCUGUUAAAUAUUUAUGUUGGAAAAAACCACUUAUCAUUCCUUGAACAAAAUCUGUUUGAAGGAUUGGAAAAUAUCAAGCGAAUUCAUCUAGAACACAACAAUCUCGCUUCUCUUCCUGAUGGAUUGUUUCGUUCUCUUCGCAGUCUGGAAGUUGUGCGUUUAGAUGCUAACAAGAUCACAAAAAUUGAGCAAAACCCAUUCCUCAAACACUCCGGUUUACGCCAGCUUAAUCUCGGAAAUAACAAGCUUUCUUCCUUUCCUUCCUGGAUUUUUGGGCUAAUAAAAAUUGAAGUAAUUGAUCUUUCAUUUAAUGAACUGACAUUUCAAGAUCUUGAGAAGGCAUUAGAAGAUUUUGAUCAACCAAUAUAUAGUGAUCCACUUAAAAAAACACCCACAGUUCUUAAUUUGAGCAACAAUAACAUCAGCACGCUAAUAGAUUCCGCUGGUUUAGAACAAAUAAAAGUGGACAGAUUGAUUCCUCCUUUGCGCCAAUCCAAGUUUGUCUAUCUUUGGAAAGCCUACGUUAUCAAGUUGACCGGAAAUCCAUUAGCUUGUGAUUGCAUUAUGUGGGCUGUCGCGAGGGAAGUUAGAAAGAUUUUAGAAACAAAUCCUAAAAUCAGGCCACGUUUCGACACCUGGAUAUGUGACUGGCCUUAUAGAGUUAAAGGUAAAUCGAUUCUUGAGUUAGGAGAAAAUCAGUGGAUGCCAAGAAAAAGUCCUCCGCAAAAUUGUCCACCAAAAUGCUUCUGUCAGGAACGUUGUUCGGAUGGUAUUGUUGUCGUCGAUUGUGAGGAAAGGAAUCUCACAAAAUUUCCCAGUAUAAUGCCACAAGGUAUAAUCGAACUCAACUUAAUAAACAAUGAAAUUAAGGACAUUCCAGCGUAUUCCUUUUUAACAAAUGUGACUGUUUUAAAACUGACAAAUAACAGAAUUGAUCAUCUUCAAGCAUCCGUACUGCAGAAACUACGAAUUAUUAACGUAUUGCGGAUUGAUUCUAAUAAGCUAACAAGUUUACCCCGGGAAAUUGAAUCAAUGAAUUUUACGGAAUUGUCACUGGAUCAAAACUUGUUUAAAUGCGACUGUACAACCAAAUGGAUGAAACAGUGGCUUCUGAACAACAGAGAUCACGUACGAAACAUUGAAAAGGUGCUUUGCAACUCAGGAAACACUUUUGGUCAAGCAAUAUACAGUUUGCCAAAUAACAAUUUCAUUUGUUACAUGACUACCGAAAGGCCCAUUUCUGAAGAAGAAAAUGAGUUUCCAGAAACCAUUAUGGCUUCAUUUCUUGGCGGUCUCCUCUUAACGAUCUUAAUAUUGGUGGCUCUCUUGUACAAGUACCACAGGGAAGUUAAGGUUUUUAUGUUCACUCAUUUUAACUGGCACCCUUUUGAUCGCAUCGAUGAUUCCGAUCCAAGCAAAAUAUAUGACGCCUUAUUAUCGUACAGCAAAGAUGAUUUACCGUGGGUCGUCGACACUCUACUCAAGGGCCUGGAAACUCAAGAUCCUCCUUACAAAAUAUGCUUUCACCACCGCGACUUCCUUGUUGGAGCAGCGAUUGAAGAAAACAUUUUGAAAAGCGUCGAUCAAAGCAAACGCAUGCUGAUGGUUUUGUCUCCCAGCUUUGCAAGGAGUGAGUGGUGCUUGCUGGAGUUUCGGGCUGCACAUCGUAAAGUGUUAGAAGAUCGCAUGAAUUAUCUAAUAAUUAUUCUGUUCGAUGACGUUGACGUAGCCGACCUGGAUGACGAAAUUAAACUGUACAUGCGCACUAAACAAUACGUAAGAGUCGGUGAUAAGAAUUUCUGGCAAAAAUUGUAUUACGCGAUGCCCCAGCGUAACCAGGCUAGAGAAUCACUGGAGAACAGAAAUCAGAACCAAGCUACGAACUAUGAGGACUCCGGAAAUACAAUCCCAGAUAGAUCAGAGCAAUGGUGA